UGAGAGUUGAGCAAGAAAAAUAAUAAUGCUAUACUUUUUCAGAAAAAAAAACCCAAUUUAAUAAAGACAGACAACACAAGGAGUGGAUCUAACCAAAAAUCCAACUCAUCCCUCACUUAUAUUUAUAGUGCAACUGUGAUUACUUAACAAUAUCAACCACAACUAACAACUUUGUGCUUUUUCUCCUAACUUCAUUAUAACCAAAAGUGUUGCAACUUUCAAGGGAGAGAACAAAAAAUAUAGAGAUCUGGGGUGUUUGUGAGUGUGUAGAAGAAGGUAGGGAUUAUAAAAAUGGGUGUGAAUGUGGGGAUUCUUUGCGUUUGUGUUGUGCUUUUCAUGGCAAUUCAAGCAAUAGAAGUUGUUGCUAAAGCUGCACCAAUGGAUUCAAUUUUAGAGAAUAAGAAUAUCUUCAAGAGAAAGCGAUCACGGCCCCCGUCCCUCUCUCGCCCCAUCGACUACACGUUCAAGCUUCCAACUGCACCAACUUCUUGGCCAGAAGGUAAGGGUUUUGCAGGUGGAGUCCUUGAUCUGGGUGGGCUACAAGUGUCUCAAGCAUCAACAUUUCGCAAAGUUUGGGGUGCCUACGAUGGCGGACCUGACAAUCAAGGCACCUCAGUAUACGAACCAAUUGGAAUACCGGAAGGAUUCUCUAUGUUAGGUAGCUACAGCCAACCCAACAACAAACCUCUUUUUGGAUAUGUUCUUGUGGCAAAGGAUGUUUCUUCAAGUAGCGCAAAUAGCACUUUAAAACCACCCGUUGAUUACACAAUUGUAUCGAACACCGCAUCCAUCAAGGCUACUCAAGAUUCCAUUUUGUAUAUUUGGUUACCAAUAGCGCCUAAUGGCUACAAAGCUUUAGGCCACGUUGUCACCACAACACCAGACAAACCUCCCCUCGACAAAAUCAUGUGUGUCAGAUCAGACCUGACAAAUCAAUGCGGGUCCUCUUCAUGGAUUUGGGGAUCCAAUGAUUUCAACUUUUAUGAUGGCAGGCCAAUCAAUAGAGGAACUCAAGCUCCUGAUGUUCGCAUCGGCACCUUCAUUGCACAAAAUGGUGGGAAUACUAACCCUCCAUCUGUUUCAUGUUUGAAGAACCUGAAUUCCAUUUCAAAAAUCAUGCCUAAUCAAAAACAAAUCGAGGCAAUACUUCAAGUUUACUCGCCAACUCUAUACCUACAUUCUGAUGAAGAAUACUUACCUUCUUCAGUCAAUUGGUUUUUCUCCAAUGGAGCAUUACUAUACAAGAAAGGUGAAGAAUCAAAUCCUGUUCCAAUACAACAAAAUGGUACUAACCUUCCUCAGGAUCCUAACAUUGAUGGUGCUUAUUGGCUAGACCUACCUUCUGAUAAUGCAAACAAAGAUAGAGUCAAAAAAGGAAACUUACAAAGCGCAGAAUCUUAUGUACAUGUGAAACCAAUGUCUGGAGGAACAUUCACUGAUAUUGCAAUGUGGAUUUUUUACCCUUUCAAUGGACCUGGAAGAGCAAAAGUAAAGUUUCUAGAUAUUAAACUAGGGAAAAUAGGCGAACAUGUUGGUGAUUGGGAGCAUGUGACAUUAAGGGUAAGUAACUUGGAUGGCAAGUUAUGGCAUGUGUAUUUCUCACAACAUGGUAGUGGUUCAUGGGUUGAUUCAUCUCAACUUGAGUUCCAAAACGAUUCAACAAAAAGACCGGUUGUUUAUGCUUCUUUGCAUGGCCAUGCAACAUAUCCACAUGCCGGUCUCGUUCUGCUAGGUAAAAAUGGUGUAGGGGCAAGAGAUGAUACUGAUAAAGGUAGAAAUGUUAUGGAUAUGGGAAAAUUUGUGUUGGUUUCUGCAGAUUAUUUAGGAUCGGUUAAAGAGCCAGCAUGGUUGAAUUUUUUUCGAGGGUGGGGUCCACAUGUUGACUAUAGUUUAGAUGAUGAGUUGAAGAAUGUGGAGAAGUUAUUGCCAGGGAAGCUAAAAGAUGGUUUUGAAAGUAUUAUUAGGGGUUUGCCAAAAGAAGUGCUUGCAGAGGAAGGGCCAACAGGUCCAAAGGCAAAGAAUAAUUGGAGCGGGGAUGAAGUUUGAGUUUGUUUUAGUUACAUUGAUUCUUAUAAAGUUCAAAAUUGAUUGAAAACACUGUGAUCGGUGCAAUUGCAAAUUGAUCAAAAUUCUUUUCAAUCAAUCAACUUCACAUGUAGCUUCUUUUCAAUCAAUCAAAAGUCUUGAUGUUUAAA